GCAUCUGUUCCAAUGUGCCCCCUCCUCCCCAAGGAGCGGAGCAGCUAACAGCCUGAGGUAGCAAAAUCUGAGAAGAGGGAAGAAGAACGCAGCACACCAGCACCGAGGGAUUCUUCUGAUGUACUCGCUUAUGUGCUGCGAGUUCAGAGAAGACUGGCGGCGCCUGCCCAUUCUGACUGGGACGAAGGCCGGGAGGGAGCCAGGCGGCGGCGGCGGCACCCGAAGGAAAUCCACUCUGUCUUGGCGGAGCCUUCUGCCGCCUCCCCGCUAAAGCCGUGCGUCUCUAUGCACGUCCUUUACAAGCACCUGCGCCGCGCUUGGCGGCUUCCAGUUUCGCCGCGGAGAGCCCUGGGGGAGUGGGUGGCAGCCUGGGGUGGCGGGAGCGGGAAAGAGGCUAGCUCCUCCUGGGUGCCUCAGAGACUCGAAAGGGGAGGAAGCGCGCAGGCUGCUAGGCACACACACGGGCAGCGGCGGCCGGAGCUGAUGCAGUGACCGUCUGUACCCCAGGCAGUGGGAAGCAGAAGAGGCACUGCGUGCAAACAGCGCCGCGGGGGGGGGGGGGGGGACAGCGAGGCGGAGGCUCGGCGUGCGUGAGAGAGACAACUGGCGAUGUUGGCGGCUGCUUGAGCAAGGCGGAGGGAGCACAGCACGCAGCCCCCCCGCCUGGAACUCGAGAGAGUUUGGACGCGGCGUAUGGGACUGAGGAGAAGAAUGUGUGCCCGCCCCACCUCUGCUCCCUCCUGCUGCUCUUGCUCCUGCUCCUCUGCCGCCGGCUCGCGCUCUUCCCGCUGCUGCUCCUCGCAAGUAAAGCAGGCUGGAAGUAAAGGGACUCGGGUUGCUGCUGACACCGCCGCCGCCGCCGCCACUGCUCGUGCUGUGCCUGCGCCGCGGGAGCGAGCCCUGCUGCUGCUGCUGCUGCUCCCACCGCUGUUGCUGCACCUGGCCGCCUCAUCCGCUCUGGGAUGUGCAGCAAACGCCUCCUGCUGAACUCCGCUACUUCUGCCGCGCACUCCACUGCUCCGGCUGGCGGUGUGUCUCUGUCACGCCCAGGUCCGCGCCUCGCUGCUCCCAGGCUCUUCCCGGCUUCUGCAGCAAAAGCAACGAGACCACCUCCUCCUCCCGGGCGAAGGCUGCCCGUUAGACGCCGAGCGGGGCCAUAAUCCAUAGCUAGCAAAACGCAACGAGAGGAGGAAGCGGGUAGCAGGCAGCUAGCGAGCGGCGGAUGCCGGGCAUCUCCAGCCUCCACACACCUUCCGCCCUCCGCAGGCAGGACUUUGAGAGAGCUGCUUUGCUUCUUGGAACUGCCUGGAGUAGAAGAGCCCGCUUUCCUCGCCCUUGAGAAGUUAGAAGACGUUUGAGAAGAACAUCCCUUUUACAUCUGGAGCUGUUUAUGAUAUCAUUGAUUUUUCAAAACUCUCAAGGCUUCUGAGAGCAACAAAGACUGGCUGACAUAAAUUCUUCUUUGCAUGUUCUUGGUCUGAACUAAAUGUACCAGAACUUCUGGAUGAGCAUAAGGAUAAAAAGGAUCCCACUGCGACAAACUUUGAAUCAACAAAACAUAAAGGACUUGGGUUGAAUUUGGAUGCGGGUCUACAUACUGAAGAAGUCCUGAAGAUUGAUGGAGGGCCAUGCUAUUCAAACAGCAGGUGUUGCUGAGACAGAAGCUCCUUGUGCUAGGCAGCCUUGCUAUUGGAAGUCUCCUAUAUCUAGUUGCCAGAGUUGGGAGCUUGGAUAGACUGCAGCCCAUUUGCCCUAUUGAUGGUCGAUUUGGACUCCAUGGCCAAGAUGAAAUUCCACUUCGAGCUCUGCAGUUUAAGCGUGGGUUGCUCCAUGAGUUCCGGAAAGGCAAUGCCAGCAAAGAACAAAUUCAACUUCACAGUUUGGUCCAACAAAUCCCCAAAGCCAUAAUAAUUGGGGUGAGAAAAGGAGGAACCAGAGCACUGCUGGAAAUGCUAAAUCUCCACCCAGCAGUGGUCAAAGCUUCUCAAGAAAUCCACUUCUUUGAUAAUGAUGAGAACUAUGCCAAGGGCAUUGAGUGGUAUCGGAAAAAAAUGCCAUUUUCUUACCCUCAUCAAAUAACAAUCGAGAAGAGUCCUGCAUACUUUAUCACAGAGGAGGUACCUGAAAGGAUUUAUAAAAUGAACUCAUCCGUCAAAUUACUGAUCAUUGUCAGGGAACCCACAACAAGAGCUAUUUCCGAUUACACUCAGGUGCUGGAGGGAAAGGAAAGGAAGAAUAAAACCUACUACAAGUUUGAAAAGCUGGCCAUUGAUCCUAAUACCUGUGAGGUGAACACAAAAUACAAGGCAGUAAGAACCAGCAUCUACACAAAACAUCUGGAGAGGUGGCUAAAAUACUUUCCCAUAGAGCAGUUUCAUAUUGUCGAUGGUGACCGUCUGAUUACAGAACCACUGCCAGAACUCCAGCUGGUAGAGAAGUUCUUAAAUCUUCCUCCAAGGAUAAGUCAAUAUAAUUUAUAUUUCAAUGCCACCAGAGGGUUUUACUGCUUGCGAUUUAACAUUGUCUUUAACAAGUGCCUGGCAGGAAGCAAGGGACGCAUCCAUCCAGAGGUGGACUCCUCUGUCAUUACCAAAUUGCGCAAGUUCUUUCAUCCUUUCAAUCAGAAAUUUUACCAGAUCACAGGGAGGACAUUUAACUGGCCCUAAAGCAAAUGUCAUACAACACUGUGUGUUGCACCCAGAGAUAUGCAACCGUGUCUCUACUAGAGUAAAAUAUGCACUUUUCGUAUACACAGCUAUCCAAGUAACCCUUUUUUCAUGCAUACUUGUACAUAUGCAGUGUGUGACCAAAUAUAAGGUGGGAUCAAUUUUCUACAGAGCAGUGAAUAACAUAAAAUUUACUCUCUGCAUAAUUGCAUCAUUUUAUGCUAUACAGUUAAAUGAGAAGAUGUCAUUUGAAGAAAUUAACUCAGCUGUUUAUUUCAAAGGGUCAGUACUCUGCUCCAUAAAGUUUCAUGCCAAACAUAUAACGAGAGAAGACAGAAUGUUACUAUAGAAUUCAUUUCAAAAAUUGUAUUGGAUGAUCUAAAGUGAGGUAUCAUGAAUACACAUUUCAAAAAGAAUAUUGACCCUUUAAAGGUAUAAAUCUACACUUCAGACUUAUACAGGUUUAACAAUCAUUGUCUCUUGCCAGGGAACUCUACUUGUAACAGGGAACUUAGGAUCUCUAGCACAGAAUUCUUAGAUCCCUCAUCAAAUUAAACUUUCUUGCAUUGUUUGAGGGAAACCAAGCCACUUAAACUAGCGUAAAACUGAUAUAAGUUUGCAGUGUGAAUAUGCCAUAAAUGUGAUGCUGAGUUGAUCUAUUGAAACUCUUUUCCUAUUGUUUGAAGAAGAAAAAAUAUCUCAUGCAAUCAACAUUGUUUCAAAUUUCCUGUGCUGAGUUUGCACUAUUUUUUUUUAAUUAUUAUUAUUGUUGUAUGGAACAUCUUGACACUUGUAGCAUGUCAAUCAUGUGUCAAAAAGGAAGUCUUUUUUUCCCCUUAUAUGCUUGUAUGUUGACAAAGAGAAACCUGCUGUAUAUAAUGUAUAUUGUUUGUAAAUACUGGUUUCACACUAAGUAAUUAUAUUUUGUAAACUGAAUAUGGCUAUUUAAUUUAUUGUGAAAAUUAAAUUUAUUGUGGUAUUUUAAAAUGGAAUGGAUUAAAUUGCUCUAUGUGCAACUGCCUUUUUCUUUUUUUUUGAUGAAUGUUUUCAUGGUCAAUAAAAAGUGGAAUUUGGA